AUGUGAAGAACGAAUCGAGCAACAAAAACCUUCAAUCGGCGGAAGUGACGGUGGUGAGCGGUAGUGGAAAGCUUUUCAGGUUGCUGCUGAGGUAUUUGUUCAUCUACUGUGCUCUUUCAAAGAAGAAUCUGGAGAGGGAUUGGAAGAGUGAGCCAGAGAGAUGGCACCGCCUCUAUUUUGGACCCUUUGACGAGAUUCUUUGUAGCAGCUUAACUUGUCAAAGUUGUUUGUCCCAGGUUACUAAAAUGACUAAAUUCAUCUCACAUAAAUACAAACAUAUCUCAAAUAAAUUUGAAAAUUUUGAUUGGUUGCCUCUUUCGCCCGUGCUUAGUAAUAGUUACACUGUUAGAGUUGGUUGUACACUGGUGGAUUGCCUGAAGCAGUUCAUUGUAGCUGAACACAUUGAAAACUACCACUACCGCCACUGUUGGCAUAACGCUGCAAUCAAGUAUCUUUCCUUUAUGGAAGGAGACAAGGUAGAACUUGGAAAACUUAGGAGAUGCUCUGACGAAGAAUUCUGCGAUUGCCAAAAAACAUAUAAUCUUGAAAAUCUACCAUGGUCAAAUAGGUUUUCACAUGCUUUGAAGCAGCUAAAUAUUGCUCGGUGUCCAAAGAUUUUAUGCAUCCAGCUGAAAAGAGCUCACAUGAAUGAUGUUGGAGAGUCAUACAAACUCCAUGCAGCCACUCAGUUGCUAUCUGCAACUAUGAUUAUCCAUGCCCAUUCAGUGCCUCCUACUUCAGUGUCUACUCUGUUUCUGCGUCCAUGGUUUCAAGAAGAUAUAGAAUGUUGGAUGGAAAGUGGAUUCAACAUGGUUUCAAGAAGAUAUUGAAUGUUUAAUCUUCUAGAAAUUAUGUUUAACGAUUUGAGUUUCAUGUAUAUCUGUUCAUUCUUGUCUUUAAGGAUAAUGUGUAGUUUCUUAGACUACACAAUACUAACACAUGCCUUUUAAAUUUAUAUGCAUUGGCAAAAACGGUCCUUUUAUCA